AUGUAAAAUUAAUACUUUGUUAAAGGAUUAGGAUUUGCUUAAAGGUAGGAGCCCCAGGAAACACGAUCGUAUGGGCGAAUAAAAAAGUCUCCUUAUUCAACUUAUAAUAACAGAAGUUAUAAUUCAGUAUGUGGAAAUUUUUAAAUUUAGCAUUAUCGUGAUCUCAAGAUUUGCAAUGAUCGUUUUAAGAGAUUAAUUCACAUAGUCAAUAAUGCAAUUAAAAACUAAGCAGCUACGAUGUUUAAAUAUUUAAGCAUUUAUGUUCAAAACAAAUAGUAGGAGGAAAUUAAGGCGUAGUAAAGAGUCAUUCAGGAAGGACUAUUAAGGUUUCAGCAUGCAAUCUCGCUAUUCAAUCAGCGAUUGAAGUGCUUGGCCUUUUUCCGUCUGGCAAAGGUGGAUGUAGUAUCACAUUUGAAAAAAGAGUUAAGAAAUUAAAUAUAGUAAGGCUAAUAGCCAAUCACCCAUUAAAUCUUUAGGAAAUGGAUGCAGUUAACAUUUGAAUCUAAAUUCAAUAAGCUAUUGAAACAACAAAAAUCGAAUAUGAUAAGCUUUUAUAAAUUCACUCUCAAUAAAAUACUAACAAAGUAGGAGUCAUUAAAAGCGUGGAGUUUCAAUAGAUUAAAAACAGCACCUCGAAAAUAAAUUAUACAUAAAUUAAUCACUAAUCUAGGUUUAUAGCAAUUACGAUUGAGUUUAUUUGAUUCUGAGUAAGGCACUUACUAAUAUUUAAAGAAACCUUAAAACUUAGAAAAAAUAAUUGCAUUUUAAAAGUUAAAGCAUUAUUAACAUUUUAACUCUAAUCAGCAUUAUUUUAUAUUAAUCUUCACUAAUACCAUCAAUAGUAAAAUAAAUGCUUUGAGAACUUUGUUCAUAUCAUCCAUUAGGAUAAUAGAUCAAGAAGCUAAUCAUACAGUACCUAAAGAGUAAUUACAAUAAUUUGACAUUGAAUUAGCAAGAUAAUCUGUGCACUCUAAAUUGGAGCAUUAAAAAGUGCUUUAAAGAUAGUUGAAACAAAUAGAUAAAAAAUCUCACAGAGGCAUUUGUGAAAUAAUGAAAUAUCUAGUCAAUAAGCAACUCUAUCCAAUAUUUUAUUAAAUAAAAGGAUUGAAAUAGGCUUAAGACACAGAAGUUUAGGAUGGAACUGUGAAAAAUUUAAGUGUCAUAGCAGCAAGAUUGAGUCAAAAGAUAAAAGCAAAAAAUGCAAAAUCCUAAAAACUUGAGAUCACAUAUCGCAUAGAACAAAUCUUCAGAAGAAAUUAUCAUAAUGAACGAGAAAUACUUAGGAAUAAACUUAGAUAAUGGUAAAUCAGCGUUACCUUUCCAACUGCUAUGUAUCAUGACUUUGAAAUUAGAUUGAGAGUGUUAAGAAAUGAGAAGGAAGCCAUCAUGAGCGAUAUUGAAUAAUUGGAAAUUCUUAAUAAUGAGUUGCUUAUGACUAUGAAUUAAGUCAAAAAAACAUUUUUAUCAGAAGAAUCCAAUUUCAAUACUUCUCAUAAAAAUGAGUAAAAAUAAAUUGAAAUACAACGUUUUGAUAUUCAAGAAAAUUUGACAUCACAAAAGGAAUUCAAGAUUGCUUUUGAAUAUGUAGAUUAUUUGAAAGAGGAUAAUAUUAAUUUAAAGAAAUAAGCUCAAAAGAAUGAAUAAUUGAUGCUUGAAGAAAUUUAAUAAUUGGAAUAGCAAUUAUAAGAACUCCAAAAAGAGUUAGAUAGUUGA